CAUAAAUUAUAAGCAUCAAAUUUAAGUGCAAGUGCAAUCGAAAUUCAAUGGCACUUUCGUAAAGUUUCUUUUUACGUAAAAAUACUCAUAAAAAACGGCGCGUGUGAAAAUUUUCAACAACGACGUAGCAGCAAAAUCAGUCUCAGUCUGUCUCUCCUCUACGUUUCUUUGCUGCAAAAGGAGAAGCUGAGCAACAACAAAGCUACAACAAAAUUCCCCACACACAAAAGAGUGCGUGUGUGUAACAACUAUGUGUGCAACAAUAACUACAAAAACUAACAUAGCAUCACGAGAAAGCAAAGUGAAAUUUAAUAAAGCAACAACAAAAACACACAAUACCGAUUCAAAACCGUUAUUCAACAAUUUCGAGAAAUAAGUGAAAGAAGGCAAAUAAUACUGGUUUUCAAAUACAAAGCAUAUGCAUGUGUAUAUAUAUGCAUAAUUUAAUGUUGGAAGAAACAACACCAAACAGAGGAGCUACAACUAAAAAGUUGCUGUGCGAGAAAUUGACUGUCCGAAUGUCAACGUCCCACCCACACACACUAUAGCAGCGGGAGUAGCAGCAGCGACUACAUCAAAUAGGGGGAGUUGCUGUAGGACAUAAAGAAAGGCCGGGCUCUGCAUUACCACAGAUUUUAAUUUAUCGCAAUUUCCAAGGAUUUCCCCAAGCUGGUGUCUUGCUUUUCAAUAUACAUAAAAUGCUGAAUGUCGUCAAUAUAUUCAGAGAGUGUUCGAACAUCUUUGAACUGUAAAUCAAAAAGCUACAAUGGACCCAAUCAGACAUAACGAAUAUCAGACCCAUCAGCAUCAGCCCCAGGCCCACCACCCACAACAACAUCCACAUGUAACUGGUUAUUCACAGCAUGUAGUGCAUAACCACAUACCCUCCAACCACCAUCAGCACCACCAACAACACCAGCAACAACCACCUGCAGCAACACCACAGCAACAACAACAAGAGCCGCCACAGCCACACCUGCCACCACAUCCGCAUUAUCAAUUGGGUGGUAGCAGCUCCAUCUACCCGAGUACAAUCAAUUAUCAUAACACCCAGCCAGCGGAUUCGGAACGUUCUCGAUCCACUGUCUAUGUUAUGAGUGCACGUAGUAGUGCUGGAGGUGGUGGGACUGGUAGCAAUUCAGGUGGUGGGGCAGCUGCAGCAUCAUCGGUGAUGCCGCCAACAGGUGUUGCUGCUACUGCAUCUGGCGACGAUCCUCAUUUACAAUACUAUACCUCUAACCGAGAAUUGACAGUCAGCAAGAGGUCAACGGAAACUACGUCUUAUCCCGGUUGGCAGUAUAAAACGGCCGGAGCAACCGGAGUAGCUCCUGUGCAACGGCACCACAGUAGCGCCAUAUAUAAUGCCUACUGGCUGCAGGAUGAACAACAGCAGCAGUCGAAUUCAGUACAUCACCAAUCGCGCUUCGGCUAUGGCAAAUCACACACGGCGACACGAGCAAGUGCAAUCACCUGCAGCAGCAGCACUGUAAGCGGAAAUGGGGGUGAACACAGUUUUCGAUACUACGAAGACAGCAGUAAAUACUCUACUGUGGGAACGGGCGCUAAGAUCGUUAGCUAUGCACCAGUACCUGGACCAGCACCUGCACCUGCCGCUCAUUAUGAGCUUUUGGAACACGUGGUAAAUCCCAGUAAUGCGUUGCUCGGCACAAGCGAUCAGCAGCCCAGUCCAAAUUAUGCGCGCAAAUGUCCACAGCAUUAUGAGCCGCCAACAGAGCAGCGUAGCGCUAAUCACAAAGUAACUCCUCCACAGACUUCCCAACAGCAACACCACAGUCUCUACAUGCCGUCGAACUUUCAAAAUACCGUACAUAAUGCCAUUGAGAAGUAUGUGCGAGAGACUGCGCCGGCGCCCAAUUUGGACUAUCGACGCAGAAACGCUACAUUUACACGUCCAUCAACCAUCAACUAUGGUCUAUCAACCGUUGGAGCAAACAACAGUAGCGGGAGCAGCGGCGCAUGUGCCAAAUUGGAGCCGGAGUCACCAGCGCUGGCCCGUGCUUCACUUUAUCAUAAUCCUUACAAUCUAGCUACAGCCCCACCACCAAGUCCCUUCAAAGAGAAGGAGCAGCCACCGCCCGUUGCUAUCGCGGCCAGUUCGCGCGAUAGUUCGCCAGCGUCGACACUUGCCCAUCCCACCAAGUAUGGCAAACUUUUGUCCCAGCAUGGAACACCAACAACGACAGCGACGGCAAUCGCCGCUGAGCAGAGGCGCAGCUCCUUCACCUCCAUAAACAACUAUGCCGGAUAUUAUAAUCAUGGAACACCGUCCCCAGCAGCUGCUCAAGUAGCUUCGCCCUUGCCAGCCCAACAGUUGUAUAAUCAUACGCCGCCUCCAACAGGCAGCAUAAAUCCAUCCGCUUCGAAUUACUCUACGCUUCAAGUGUAUCCACAUGGCCCUGACAUAUGCUGUCAGCCGUCGAUAGCUUCAAAAUCAGCGCUGUCACUGCCCUCCGGUCCAAAGAAAGCUCCACCCUCUGCUAAGCUCGACUAUCGGGCGCUAAUCAAUGAUAUGUUGAAGCGCAACACGGCCAGUGAGGAGGAGCUCAAUCUGCAAAUUAUCAAAAAAACGCUCAAUAUGGAAACGCCAGGAAGUCGGUCACCUAAGGUACCCGCCAAUACCCUGCAGUCGCCAGUCACAAUUACAGUUCCUUCAAUAUCGGCUCCGGUUAUACAACAACCGCAAGCACAUCUAAACCCACAACCACCGUCUCAGCCACUCUUGUUGCCCACUGCUCCUGCUGCCUACUCACCUUUGGAUUUGUCUAUGCGCACGAUCAAGCAAACCGCCGACUCCACAGAAUAUAAAUAUCACCGGAUGCCUACAGAUUCAAUUGACAGGGGCACAGGCACAGGUUUACCCCGUUUCGAUAUAACACCAAAUUUUGCGCGUACCAACAUAGCAUCGAGUUCAUCAGCUGCAUCACCAACGGCAGUAAUACAACAGACGUCAGCUAGUAUAGCGCCGCCAGUUGAAGCUACGCCGAUGGUCAUUAAAGCGGCUCAGCAGUUGCGUCCCAGUGUAUUGGAAACAAAUCCAUAUGCAAAGCGCCCUCAACUGCCGCCUGAGACGAGCGUCAAAGCAUUGCCAAAACCAAUACCUAGUCCCACUACAACUACCACAAGCAUAAGUACCACAAGCGUAAGUACGAUCACAACUAGUGUCCACAACAGCAGCAACCCGAACUAUUUGGGCCGUAAGCGGCAUCUUCAGGAGUACAAUCAAGAAACAGCAGCGGCGGCGGCUGCAGCAGUUGAAGCAGCAGCCAAACAGACGCGUUUGGAAAUAACUCAGUCGAAAGGCAUUGUCGCCACUUCAGUUCCUGUUAUAGCUACCAAUAACCAAGUGGCAAAGCGGCUAGAACAAUCUGUUGUUUGUUCACAGCCUAAACAAGAACAGUUAGUGGUGACAAAAACGGAACCACGUAUACGGACUAAGGCGGAGCUUAAAGGAUUCACGUUUACGCCUCCAGUUCUGGCAGUUGCUAACUCAACCACAACAACAGCAUCAACAAUAGAUGUCAUAAAGGAAACUGGCAUUGAUUCCAUUAACAGUAUUGCAGCAAGUACUAUCACACCUGUACUGCAACCCAGUAAUCUGACCAAUCACAUACAAAUCAAAUUGGAGCCAGUGCCCCCACCGGAGGUUGAUGUGGAAGAUGUAGAGAAAGGCGAUGAGCCGAGCUUCAACAGCAAUAGUCUCUUUGACUGGGACAGUACAUGCAACAACCUAGUAAAACAGCUGCAAAGCAAAACGAUGCCUCCCAAAACAAUAUCAGGCAACGAAAGCAUUGCUCCAGCCAGCCGGAUCAAGCUAGAGCUUAGCGAGGAUGAUCUACCAGUAGCGCGGAUACUUAAGAGACAACCGAUAGCAGGGGAUGUCGAAUCGGCGGCAACAACUACCACCCAACUGACCAACACAACGACCGCAAAUAGCAUCGCGUUCGGCGCCGCUCAAAAGAAACUAAGCAAGACGGAGCGCGAAAAGAAGCGAAUGAUGCAGGAGCAGCGUAUAGCGGCACGCUUGGCACCCAAAGCUGGUCAGAGUAGCAGCUCCGAGAGCGACACCACCGAAUUACAUAAGCGUAAGACGGCCAGGCAAAAGAAACCACUUAUGCGCAAGAGUAAGGCACGACGAGUAGAUGAAAAGGAGAUGCAACUGAAACACCGCGAGCAGCCAAGCAGUGAUGAGGAACAAGAGCAAGAGAAGGGUAACAAUAGCUCCAGCGAGGUAAAUAACUCGAUGAAUUUGGAGAAAAACAAGGUAUCUUCUAAUGAAAAUAUGACGCAGUACACAAGUGGCAAAUGCAAAAAGAAAAAUGUCGAAAAGCAACAAGAGAGAGUGAUAGAACAGAAACAAAACCCAGAUGAGGAUGGCGGCGAUAAAAGUAGCAACAGUGACGAUGAAGAACAGCAGGAUGAGGAAGAUGAAGAGAUUGGCGACGAAGAAGAGAAUGCGAAUAUUGAGGAUGAUAGCGUUAGCAAUCAAAGUAAGCGCAAAGCAAAAACAUCUUUAAAGAAUCGCAUAGCACUUAACACCAUGACACGAUCCAAGAGAAAAAAGGAGCUCGAACUCCAGCUGGCCAACAGCAAAGUGCUGCGCAAUGAUAAAAUCAUACGAAAUUCGACGACAAAGAUUAAGCGGAAAUAUGUACGUAAAUUGGUGCCAGAUGCUAAGAAAGAAAUUAUGAUAACACGAUUGCGAAACAAACGGGAUGCAGCUGUCGAUCGGGGCCAAUUGUCGGGACGUAAGCUCAAGAGCAGUAAUCACAAAUCCGACCGCCUGACAAGCAACAAUAUCAAACAAACAAAUACACCACAGCAACAGCUAUUUCUGGAGGAAUAUCGUUAUAAGUUGGCGCUUAAGAUACCACAACGCUUGAUCUCCAUAAACAAGCUGAACAAGUUGCCCCAAGUAGCUUCAUCCUUACCGGAUCUAGAGCGUGGGCGCUAUCUCACUCAGGAUAUGAAUUCCGUUCAGCCCAGUCGGGGCCGCAAAUCGCGAUCUAAACUGCUACAGCAGCAGUCGCAGCAACAGCAGAAGGCGACACCUAAAUCCUUUAUCGAUGUACUACAUCUUCGCGUUACCAGCAACGGCAGUCAGCAACAGCAGAGCAACAGCAAAAGCAAUCAACAGAAUGUGAUAAGCUGCGCUAGAAGCCUGCAUAAUUAUAGCGAAACUUCACAGACCUCCGCCUCGAAUUCUUUGUGUGAGCAGUUGCAGGAGACGACGGAGCACAUUGUGGAGGACACCCUGGGCAAGCGUCACUUUAGUAUAUUUGAUACAAAGGUGCUGCAGAGUAAGACACGCACUGAGUCCAAAUUGCAGCAGCGACGCGAGAUUAUACGCGAGAUCUUUGUAGGCACGGAGAGACCGGCCUCAGCACCGCCAGAGUGUGCACAGCAGGAUCAGCCCGGCGAGGAAAGCUCAUUGAGUUAUCAACAGUAUGAGGACUUUCUAGACCAAAUGAAUCGCAUUGUUAGUGCCAAUAAUAACAAACUUUCACGCCACAGAAUUUGCGGCGAAGCCAAGCAAAACGCAGAAACUGAUUUGCCCAGCCGACCCGUACCCUAUAAGCGGAAGUAUUUGCGUCGUAAGGGCAGCUCUGGGUUUGACUAUAUACGCAAAAAAAAGCGACCAACACAUCACCAUCAGAGUACCAGCACGAGCACAAUCAAUACCGUUGCCGGUGAACAUACGUCAACCAACAUCGUUACCAACGCUGCAGCAGCCCCAGCAGCCAAAAUGGCGGCAGCAGACAUAGCUCUUGCUGCGACCACAGCUGAUGAACGUCUUGACGAUACCGACAGUACCAUUGCGGGCAGCUCAUCGCAUUUGCCAAUGACGAUCAAGACCGAAAUGGACGUGUACCGUGAGAUACAGAAGUGGGUGCUUAACAAGGGAGUUGGUCAGAGCACAAUGCAUAAAGCGGCUCGUCAGGGAUUAAUCGAUGUGGUUGUCUAUUGCCUGGAUCGGAUGGGCAUGAAUCCGGAUCAGAAAGAUAAUGCUGGCUAUACGCCGCUACAUGAGGCCUGUACCCAAGGCUGGUUAGAAAUAGCUAGGAUUCUGUUGCAAUUCGGUGCCAAUCACUCGGAAGCCGCCCAGUCAGGCAUUCGACCUCUGCAUGGAGCUAUAGAGAAUGACCAUGAGGAGGUGGUCCGAUUGUUAUUGUCCUAUGGCGCUGAUCCGUUGCUGGCAACGUACUCAGGUCAAACCCCACUCAUGUUAGCUUCAAGCAAAUUGAUGUGUGGCAUUUUGAGCAAUCACCUCAGCGAUGCACAAAGUGCGGCUGCUAAUAUAAGCCCGAUGCGAUUUCGUGGCCCCUGGGAGAUAUUUGAUGAAAAGGAAAAUGGUUUUAAUAUAUUCGAUAAUGUACCGAAUACAGCAUGUGAUAUGAGCAGAGCUCAACCUAGAGGAAGAUGUAAACAGAAACGCAGCCAUGGCGACAAGGGCAAUCCAGCAAAGCCUAAUACCAACAGCAAAAGCAGCAAUAUAAAUGGCCUAUUGCGCGAAAAAGCAGAGAGCAAAGAAACAAUUAAACAUAAUGGGGAGAUAAAUGCAAAGACUGCAAUAAAAACAAUAAUAACAUUAACGACAACAACAACAACAGUAACAAAAACAGAAGCAACAACAGCAAUAGUGAAAAUAGAGCCUGGUGCGGGCUUAGAGGAUACAUACAACAACAAUAAUAAUAGCAAAAAGAAUGAUAUUAAUGUUGAGCAAAAUGUAACGAGCGUUGUGAACGGCAAGAAUGAGGUUAAACAGGAACCACAAGAUGACGAGAAUUUGAAUAUAAAUAUUAAUGUGAAAGAUAAUGAGAUAGUUGAUGAUCGCAACGAUCAAGUUGAUCAUGAUCAUGAAGACGAUGGUGACGACGACGACGACGGAGAGACAUUGGCGGACGAAUUGAACGGUGAUAUUUUUAAAUUCGAAGAAUCCGAUGUGCCCUUGCCGCCACUGUACUUACUCAAAGAUGAGGGCAGUGAUAAAUGGGUACUCCUUAAUGAUUUGUGCAAUUUACUUAAGGUUAAGUCGAAGGAUACGCUGCUUAAUAAGAUCUGUCCAAAUGGCAACAGCCUGGCUAGUAACCAGAAGCAACUGUUGAGAGAGUUCAAAAUUGACGACUUUCUGGAGCAGGCGACGUGCUUGCAGCUCCUGUGCGCCGGUGAGAAGCUAAAUAUGUUUAGCUCCUCAAAGGUUGUGCUAAUCAGAUACAACGAGAGCGUUAAAAAUUUGUUGGGAGUUAAAACAAUUUUAAUGAAAUUUUAGAACGACUAUGUCGUGAAUUUUAAGGCACUAGAUAAU